AGCCGGAGGGAAUCCAGCAAGCACUAGGGCUCCGUCUCGUCCCGCCCCGCUCCGCCCCCAGCACGUGCACUGUGCCAGCCAAUCGGCGAGGAGCCCACCCUGGCUCACGUUCGUUCGCGCGCUGGCAGCGCUCAUUCCUCAGAGCCUCGCAGGGGUGCCGAGCGUGCGGAGGUCUUGUGAGGGGGUUGGGGGAGGGGAAUCCUCAGAGUGUCUUUGCGCUCACAAGGUUCAGGAGGCAUCCGGAGCGUGCGAAGACAUGCCGCCCGCGACAGUCAGGCGCAUCAAGACGGGUUCCAAGGCUCCGCCUGAGGCGCAGCGUAUGGCACCCCCUGACAUGGGGCGCCCAGAAAACAACCCAAGACUGUAUAAUCACCAGAAUCACCCAUUUGCAGCGAUAAUUAGUGAAGAUACGAGGAACCAGCUCCAGAAUAUGCUGGAAAGCUAUGAAGGGAGGAUUAAAAGGGUCAUAUAUAGGAAGAAACAGCUAUUCAGAAGGAGUGUCAAUGCUUCUCUCAGAAACAUUGAGCGGAUAAUUGUGGAUUCUUGGAAAACCAGGACAGAGCAAAGGCAGGCAUUUUAUCUUCGUUAUUCUCAGCAGUUUCUGGACGCGCUUGAGGAUUGGGAUGGAAAUAUGCAGAAAACGAAGCAACAUGAAAGCAAUAUGGUUAAAAUACUUGAACUGCAACAAAAGGUUUCUCAACAGGCUAUAAAGCUUCGUACCAAGAGAUUGAAAGAACUGAAAACGUUGUAUGGGAAUUUCUUACAGAGUAUCAAGUGCCUGAAGGAGAGGCAAAUAAAGCUUGCUAAUGAGCAAGGUGGAUUUACAAAAGAAAUGGCCAUACUACAAGCGGAAAACAUCAGGCGAACUCAUCAACAAGUGGCCAUUAUUCUCAGUUGUUUCCAGCCCCCGUUUUGCUCUUGAUACUUUGAAGAGAGAAGCUCACAACUGAAGUGAUAUAUAUACUACAGUCAUGAUGUGGGCUACACGAAACCAAGGAGACUCUAAAGUUCCAGCUUAAAUGAUCACAUCUUCUUUGCUUGUCUGUUUGUUGCGUGUCAGAGGUGCUCUCUGUUAAAAUCCAAGUGCAACUUCAGAGUUCUCAGUGCAGCAGCAAUUCCCCUGACUCCAGGUCUAUGUUAGUGCUCGUGUCUAUUGCUCCCUAAUGUUGUCAGUUGACGUUCAGCAAUAAAGAUGAUUAAACUUUAA